GUUUUUAGUUUCAUGAAACUCAGAGCAAAGUAUUCGGAAAUGAAUUAGCUACUAAUGUGAUACAGAUUUAAACUGAGCUCAUAAAAAUGUAGUCAUUGAUGGACCCAGUUGUAAACAAAUGAGAACCCACAACAAAAUAAAUGAUAAAUUGGAGACAUAAGCUAUAUAAUUGAAUAUUUACUCAACUUUAAAUGCGAAAUUUGAUAUUCCUGUUCAUUUAUAGGCUGAUCGACCGCAAUAACAUCUAGUGGGGGAUUUAUAAUUUUACUGGAAUUUGCAGGUUACACCUUUUUUAUUGCUGGUUUGAUUUUAUUUUUUAAUAUGUGGGCUUACCCAAUAUCGCCACACUUUCGUCCAUUCUCAAAACAUGUGUGUCCCGACAUGGAGGCCAAACAUGUUUCUAUAUGCUGCCAUCUUUGCGGAUCGUUGAAGUAGUCUCAAAGAGUUUAGAAAAAAGCGUCAAUGCAUUAUGCAAAUAUUGGAAAGAAAUGGUGCGAUAUAUAUUUUGUUGGUUUUAUAUCUAAGAAAAUACACUUGUGAAUUAUUAAGUCUAGGGGGUUUAAAGUAAUCGAAAAAUUUGUAAACUUAUACAUUAUGAUUUAAACGUUAUAAUACGUUCUUAAAACAAUUUCUUUCCUUUCACCCCAAUUGGUAAACUUUAGUCUAGAGUCUAGAUUUAUAAGUAAUGUACGUCAAGGUAAAAAGUUUGAGUGAAAAUAAAUUAAAUUGACUUUAAUGAUGUAACUUGAGAUGAUUCUUUAUAUUUUUUUUGGCAGAAAUUUUGGGAAGAUCAGCACAAAAUGAAGAUUUGUCAUUUGAAAUGGGCCACUUUUGUGAUUAUCAUUUUAGUAAUGCGAAUUUCAAGUUCGGACGCUAAACGAAGAACUUCAAAACCAACUUCAAGAACACCUUCAAGAACAACUUCAAGAACAACUUCAAGAACAACUUCAAGAACAACUUCAAGAACAACUUCAAGAACAACUUCAAGAACAAAUUCAAGAACAACUUCAAGAACAACUUCAAGAACAACUUCAAGAACAACUUCAAAAUCAACUUCGAGGACAACCUCAAAAUCAACCAGCACACAUAUAUCAAUUACAAGAGCUACGACAACAUCAGUUCUCCCCAAUAUAGUUAACGGAACUACGGUACUUCUUGACAAUACCGUAACACCAAAUGCCAACGGUAGUCUGAAUGAUAGCAGCGACACUAUAGCCAGAAAUACAGGUACCAUCGUCAGCGUGAUAGUUGGUGUCAUCCUAUUUCUUGCCCUUCUUGUUGGCGUAUUUGUACUUAUGAGAUGGCGACAAAAACAGGUCACACAUACUGGGUCAAGUAUGAAACACAGCGCCACUGGUUCUUUAGAAGAGACGUCUCCUGGAACAGUUGAAUUAUCAUAUUCAAAUUUGGCUUGCGGUAACAAAGGCCAAGAUUAUGAAUCAAAAUAUCAGUAUUACGAACUUGAUCCAGGAAUUCUUUCUGAAAAUAGCCCACAGGAAAAUUCAAAGGGAAAACAUGUUCCACUAGAAAACAAACAAGGUGAUCCCUAUUCCAAGCCCAUUCAAUAUGCUGACAUCGUCCAAUCGGAUGGAAUAUACAGUCUUGCUGCAGUCUCAAACAAUGCGACUUCUUCAAAUAGCCCAUAUUCUAGUCAUGAUCAUGAUAUACAUGAUUGUAAAUCUCUUAAGCCUCAUCAAAAUGAAACGAUUCAAAUUUCUGGAGACGCCACAUACUCAAACCUUGGUAGGACAAGACAGGAUCACAAUAUCACAACAUUGAAUUACCAACUCGUCUUGAACGCAAACGACUUGGUAUCACCUAACAGAUCAGAGGUUGCCAAUUUUGAAACAACACCGAACACACAGACACAAGAUUACGCUAUAUUGGGGGAUCAGAUAAGGGAAUUAACAAAUCCGUACAACUGUGUAUCAGACUCGACGUUGUCAGCAAUACAAGCAUAUCCCAUGGAAAACAAAACACUUUCUUACUGUGAGAAAACAGCAAACAAAUCUCCAGAUUAUUGCAUUGCCAGCUCGUUGAUCAAUAGUGAUGAGAUGUCUCAACUCAAGAGCAAUUCAGAUACCAAAGUUGAGGAUGUACUAAUAAUUGCAUCUGAAUAUGAUCUUGCAACGGAAUAGUGUUUAAGACUUUUAGAAAACAUUAUCUUUAAUCAAUAUAUGUUCAGUUUGUAAGUUGGAUUUUCUAACCUAUUAAUUAGUUCUCAUUUCGUGAGUUUAAAUGUUGACAAUCAAAAUUGUGUUCUUCUCUUUACCAUAGUCCUCGAAUAUAAUUCUCUCUGUAUAUAAUUCUCUCUUUCUCUCUCUCUCUCUCUCUCUCUCUCUCUCUCUCUCUCUCUCUCUCUCUCUCUCUCUCUCUUUCUUUCUCUUUAUCCAAACAAACAAACAAAAGUUGUUUUUAUAAGCAGUAAGUUACUUCACAUCAUGUCAUCUCGAAUUUUAACACAUCAUUUCAAGAUGCUCUUUUAUAAAUUAACAGUUCAUUUGACGAUGCUAUUUAUAAAUUAAUACCAUUUGGAGGUGCUAUUAAUAAAUUAUACUUCAUUAGCGAUGCAAUUAUUUAACUUAACACAUAUAUGAAAAUGACAUUUUAAAAGCUCCAUCUUCAAACCACCAACAUUAACAUUCACCUUUGACUGCUUUGACUCUAUCCAAAUUGUACAUAUUUUAAGUUGCUAGCUUUUGUAUUUGCAUUCUAACCUAUGAAAUAAAUAUCCAUUCUGCAUUUAAUCAAUCAGUUGAAUUUCUAUAUUAAGACAUAAAUUAAUACCCACAAUC